CGGGCUCCCAGGGAAAAGCAACGGUGUCCUCCUGAGCCUGAGGCCACCACGGCCGAGCUCGGCAAAGGGGCCGGUGUACCCCUUUCCCCUCGAGGUCACCUAGGAGAUGGCUGGAAGAGAAAGUGGAGGGACAUCCUGCCUUCCUGGGUCUGCCGCCUCACCCCUUCACCACCCUCUUCUCAACUUUGCCUAAUAACAUUUCAGCAGCCAAUGGGAAGUUUCUCACCUUAGCAAGUUGACACGGGUUAGGCAUAAAACAUCCUACUAAGACCCCUGGGAAAAAGAGCCAAAGGGAGAAGAGAAGAAAAGGUCUGGGAGGGAACUUCUGUUUUAGCCCUGCCACCUGCCUGGAGGCCCUCUGUCUACUAGUGUUCCCAAGGGGCUUCUUCCCUGGAUUCUGCUUUACCCACUAAGGUGCUCUGGAGCCCUAGGACCAUGGACACUCUCAACAGGAACCAGGUAGGACCUGGAUGCAAGACCCAGGCCAUGGUACAGAAAGGACCCUUGGACUUGAUUGAGACAGGCAAAGGGCUAAAAGUACAAACGGACAAACCCCAUCUGGUGAGCCUGGGCAGUGGGCGACUCAGCACUGCCAUCACCCUGCUGCCAUUGGAGGAAGGAAGGACAGUGAUUGGCUCUGCAGCCAGAGACAUCUCACUGCAAGGGCCAGGCCUGGCUCCAGAGCACUGCUACAUUGAGAACCUGCGGGGCACCCUCACCCUCUACCCUUGUGGCAAUGCCUGCACUAUUGAUGGGCUCCCUGUCCGACAGCCCACACGGCUCACUCAGGGCUGCAUGUUGUGCCUGGGUCAGUCCACUUUCCUCCGCUUUAACCACCCGGCUGAAGCCAAGUGGAUGAAGAGCAUGAUUCCAGCAGGGGGCCGGGCCCCUGGGCACCCCUACAGCCCUGGCCCUGUGGAAUCAGAGAGUCUGGUGAAUGGGAACCACACGCCACAGCCUGCAACCCGGGGACCUGCGGCCUGUGCCAGCCACAGUUCCCUGGUGAGCUCUAUUGAGAAAGACUUGCAGGAGAUCAUGGACUCUCUGGUGCUAGAGGAGCCUGGAGCUGGUGGCAAGAAGCCUGCUGCAACCUCUCCAUUGUCGCCCAUGGCUAAUGGAGGGCGCUACCUGCUGUCCCCUCCAACCAGCCCUGGUGCCAUGUCUGUGGGUUCCAGCUAUGAGAACACCUCUCCAGCCUUCUCUCCACUCUCCUCACCAGCCAGCAGUGGAAGCUGUGCCAGUCACUCACCUAGUGGGCAGGAGCCAGGACCUUCUGUGCCUCCGCUGGUGCCCGCCCGUUCCUCCAGCUACCAUCUGGCUCUGCAACCCCCACAGUCCCGCCCAAGUGGUACACGCUCCUCUGAGAGCCCUCGGUUGGGCAGGAAAGGGGGUCAUGAGCGGCCUCCAAGCCCUGGCCUCCGUGGUCUGCUGACAGACAGUCCUGCAGCUACUGUCUUGGCAGAGGCCCGCAGAGCUACCGAGAGCCCCCGGCUGGGUGGGCAGCUGCCUGUGGUGGCUAUUAGCCUGAGUGAAUACCCAGCUUCCGGUGCUCGCAGCCAACCCACCAGCAUUCCUGGCAGCCCCAAGUUCCAGUCUCCAGUCCCUGCUCCCCGCAACAAGAUUGGCACACUCCAGGACCGCCCUCCUAGCCCUUUCCGUGAGCCUCCAGGCACUGACCGGGUGCUGACAACCAGCCCUUCACGCCAACUGGUGGGCCGGACAUUUUCAGAUGGGUUAGCCACCCGCAACUUGCAGCCUCCUGAGAGUCCCCGCAUGGGUCGGCGGGGCCUGGAUAGUAUGCGAGAACUCCCUCCAUUGAGCCCAUCUCUGUCCCGACGAGCUCUCUCCCCACUGCCCACCCGGACCACCCCAGAUCCCAAACUAACCAGGGAAGUGGCAGACAGUCCUCGGCCCCGGCGCUGGGGAGCUCAGGGGGCUUCACCAGAAGACUUCUCCCUGACACUGGGGGCACGGGGCCAUAGGACAAGGAGCCCCUCACCCACAUUGGGGGAGUCUCUGGGUCCCCGCAAGGGCAGCUUCAGUGGCAGGCUGAGCCCAGCCUACAGUCUGGGUUCUCUCACUGGGGCUUCGCCCCGCCAGAGCCCCUGUGCCCAGAGGAAGCUCUCCAGUGGGGACUUGCGGGUGCCAAUCACGCGGGAGCGGAAAAACAGCAUCACAGAGAUCAGUGACAACGAGGAUGACCUCCUGGAGUAUCACCGGCGGCAGCGCCAAGAGCGGCUCCGGGAGCAGGAGAUGGAGAGGCUGGAACGCCAGCGCCUGGAGACCAUCCUGAACCUGUGUGCCGAGUACAGCCGGGCUGAUGGUGGACCUGAAGGUGGGGAGCUGCCCAGUAUUGGGGAGGCCACUGCAGCAUUGGCGCUGGCAGGCCGGAGGCCCUCACGAGGCCUUGCAGGGGCCACUGGGCCUUCUGGGCGGAGCAGCGAGGAGCCUGGAGGUGCCACCCAACGCCUGUGGGAGAGUGUGGAGCGCUCAGAUGAGGAAAAUCUCAAGGAGGAGUGCAGCAGCACAGAAAGCACCCAGCAGGAGCAUGAAGAUUCACCUAGCUCCAAGCUGCAGGGAGAGGUGCUGGUCCUGGAGGAGGAGCGGGCUCUGGUCCUGGGGCGUGUGGAGAAGCUCAAAGUUCGCGUGAAGGAGUUAGAGCAGCAGCUACAGGAAUCAGCCCGAGAGGCUGAAAUGGAGCGGGCACUGCUGCAGGGGGAGAGGGAGGCCGAGCGAGCCCUGCUGCAGAAGGAGCAGAAGGCAGUGGAGCAGCUGCAGGAGAAGCUGGUGGCCUUGGAGACUGGCAUCCAGAAGGAGAGGGACAAGGAGAGGGCGGAGCUGGCCGCGGGACGGAGGCACCUGGAGGCCCGCCAGGCGCUCUACGCCGAGCUCCAGACGCAGCUCGAUAACUGCCCCGAGUCAGUGCGGGAACAGUUACAGGAGCAGCUGAGAAGGGAGGCAGAGGCCCUGGAGACAGAGACAAAACUCUUUGAGGACUUGGAGUUCCAGCAGCUGGAGCGGGAGAGCCGCGUGGAGGAGGAACGCGAGCUGGCUGGCCAGGGGCUGCUCCGGAGCAAGGCUGAGCUUCUGCGCAGCAUCGCCAAGAGGAAGGAGCGCCUGGCAGUCCUGGACAGUCAGGCCGGGCAGAUCCGGGCCCAGGCCGUGCAAGAGUCGGAGCGCCUGGCCCGUGACAAGAAUGCCUCCCUGCAGUUAUUACAAAAGGAGAAAGAGAAACUGACCGUGCUGGAAAGGAGAUACCACUCACUCACAGGGGGCAGGCCUUUCCCGAAGACCACAUCGACCCUCAAAGAGGUUUACCGCUCCAAAAUGGAUGGCGAGGCCACUAGCCCUCUGCCCCGGACCCGCAGUGGCCCCCUCCCCUCCUCCUCUGGCUCUUCUUCCUCCUCUUCCCAGCUCAGCGUGGCUACCCUGGGCCGUAGCCCCUCCCCAAAGAGUGCGCUGCUCACCCAGAAUGGCACGGGCAGUCUUCCACGCAACCUGGCAGCUACGCUGCAGGACAUUGAGACCAAGCGCCAAUUGGCUCUGCAGCAGAAGGUCAAGUCGCUUCCCGCCGAGCCCCUCCCAACUGACGACCCAGCAGGCCAGCAGGUGAUUGAAGAGCAACGGCGGCGACUGGCUGAGCUGAAGCAGAAAGCAGCAGCCGAGGCACAGUGCCAGUGGGAUGCCCUGCAUGGGGCUGCGCCCUUCCCGGCGGGCCCCUCGGGCUUUCCCCCACUCAUGCACCACUCCAUCCUACACCACCUGCCGGCUGGGCGGGAGCGUGGGGAGGAGGGCGAGCACGCCUAUGAUACGCUGAGCCUGGAGAGCUCCGACAGCAUGGAGACCAGCAUCUCCACGGGGGGCAACUCAGCCUGCUCCCCCGACAACAUGUCCAGUGCCAGUGGUCUGGAUAUGGGGAAGAUCGAGGAGAUGGAGAAGAUGCUGAAAGAGGCUCAUGCGGAAAAGAGCCGGCUCAUGGAGUCGAGGGAGCGGGAGAUGGAGCUGCGGCGGCAGGCCUUGGAGGAAGAGCGGCGGAGGCGUGAGCAGGUGGAACGGAGGCUGCAAAGUGAGAGUGCCCGGAGGCAGCAGCUGGUGGAGAAAGAGGUCAAGAUGCGAGAGAAACAGUUUUCCCAGGCACGACCCCUGACCCGCUACCUGCCAAUCCGGAAGGAAGACUUUGACCUGAAGACCCACAUUGAGUCAUCAGGUCACGGUGUGGAUACCUGCCUGCACGUGGUGCUCAGCAGUAAGGUCUGCCGUGGCUACUUGGUCAAGAUGGGUGGCAAGAUUAAAUCAUGGAAGAAGCGCUGGUUUGUCUUCGACCGCCUCAAGCGAACCCUUUCCUAUUAUGUGGACAAGCACGAGACGAAGCUGAAGGGGGUCAUCUAUUUCCAGGCCAUUGAGGAGGUGUACUAUGACCACCUGCGCAGUGCAGCCAAGAGCCCAAACCCAGCCCUCACCUUCUGCGUGAAGACCCAUGACCGGCUGUACUACAUGGUGGCCCCAUCUGCAGAAGCCAUGCGCAUCUGGAUGGAUGUCAUCGUCACAGGGGCUGAGGGCUACACCCAGUUCAUGAACUGACCGCCAUGAGCCUUCGGGACCCUCAGGCUGGCUGCAGGACCCAUGCCUGGCCACCUGCUGCUCUGCUUGCCCGAGAGACAGAGUCCUGUGCCAGGCCUCAGGGCUCACAGGCGCGGGGCAGAACGCCUCUGGGGCUUUUGUACAAGACUUUGUAAUACUGCGUACGAAGCUCAGUCCUGUGAGCUUGUGGGCUCUGGCCCCCUGAAGAAUCAGUUGGAAGAUAAAAAGUGGGGAGGGGGCUCUGCUGCCUCCUGAGAGCCCAGAACUUGCAAUAACUCUUCAGGGUCCUGCACUGGGCUGGCCAGGCCGAGGAGCUAUCACAGAGUGGGCCUCUUGGCUUUGACCUGGAGCCUGCUCUGCCCUCCCCAGCCUGUUUUCUCUUUUGUAAAGGACAAAUUAUGGUACCAUAAUCUGCCAAAGAUCCCUCUUGCCUCAGCCCCCUUUGCAGGGGCCUUGGGAGCAGAGCAGAGCCACAUCCCCAGUGGGAUACUUGUAACAGCUCAGGCGGCUCCUUCUCAACCCCGCUCUGCCCCUUAUUCUCCUUUCCUUUAUACUUUUUAUUACUUUGCUCAAGGGCUAGAGAUCUCAAGCAUCAUCCUUGAGGUCCCAGUCCCAUCCCCUUGUUGCAGAACCAUCACCACGGUCACCAUAGUGACUGCUUUGU